AUGACAGAUGAGGGUGGCCCCGACAGCUGCGACAACUGCUCCAAUACAGCCCAUAACAACAGGCAAGAUGGAGUCUCUACAAAUGAAAGCUCCUUUGGCAAUUCUGCUCGACAGCCUCUUCGCAUUCCCCCUAGUGAUAUUAGCAGGGAGCAGGUGAUGCAUCAAGAGGCACUUUCCUUAUAUGCUUCUUUUCUAAAUCAACGAGAUGGUUAUGUGACCUGGAUUCAAGCAAAUAUAAGCAUGCUUUCUGAUGAUCAGCCUGUUGCAUUCUCAGAGACUGAGAGAAUGCUCAAUACUAUUUCACGUGGUCUCUCCAUAUUGUUCCUCUUCCCAACUCAUUUUAAUGCUGAUAAGCGGCCCGGAGCCUGCUUUGGUAUUAGAGCCAGUAGAAUCUGUCAAGCAAUUCGCAAAACCAUCAAUAUUAUCAGGGAAUCGACCAGUUUUGAUCCAAAUGCAGGCAAGCUUCUACACAUAAUCAGUUUACAAAUUGGGAGAUUGACCCUUGAUGGAUAUGGUGAAUCUGAUAACAACGCUAUCCGCUUCAACAAUGAAGCCAAUGAAUUUGACAAUUUUUUACGGUCAAGUGUUCCCCAUUCCGAGGCGCCUCAGACUAGUGAGUGUAUUAUUCACCAAGUCUGGGAGCUGAUGACGCGUGCGACAUCAUUUUGCGACUGUCGCCAGUGCUACCAGGGAAGAAUUUCCAGUGAUCCACGACUAAUGCCCGGUGGAAAACUGCCCAUUGACGAUUGCUUAUGA